AGCUGUCAAAAAUAAACAUCCAAUAUACAGCAUAGAAUUUCAUAAAAAUCCCAAACAAAACACCAAAAUGGCACGUCAGCAACAAGACGUGGAUGAAUUGUUCGAUGUUAAAAAUUCCUUUUACGUUGGUAAUUAUCAACAGGCUAUCAAUGAAGCGUUGAGUGUUAAUGCUUCUACACCCCUAGUAUCUCUACAACGCGAUGCCUUCCUGUUUCGAUCGUAUAUCGCCCAGGGCAACCACAGAAUGGUGAUGCAGGAGUUGAAAACAGCAGACCCCAUGCUGCAGCCACUGACAAGUCUGGUGCAAUAUCUGUCGCCUGAUGCAAACAAACCGGCUAUUGUUGCUGAUAUUGAUGCAAGGGUUGCAAAGGGAAUAGAGGUUACAAAUGAAAUCUUUUUAAUUGUAGCGGCAACAAUAUAUUAUCAUGAAGAUAAUUAUGAAGCAGCCCUAAAAAUUCUCCACGGAACAGAAUCACUUGAACUCCGCGCCUUCACACUGCAGUGUCUGCUGGCCAUGAAUAGGCCGGAUCUGGCUCGCAAACAGCUGAAGCUGCUGCAAGCCAUUGAAGAUGAUGGCACCUUGACACAGUUGGCGCAGGCCUGGCUCAACCUCUCACAGGGUGGACCUGGUGUUCAGGAUGCUCACUACAGCGUGAUGGAGCUGUCUGAACGGUUGGGAGCCCUAGGCGCGGGUCCGGCCGCCGUCGGAGCCGCCGCUGCUGCCUCCAGAGGCAUGUGGGAAGAGGCAGAGCAGAUGCUGACGGAGGCGAUGGCUCGGGUGCCGCAGCAGCCCGACCUGCUUCUCGGUCUGGCCGUCACCGCCACACACAGCGGGAAACCGCCAGAGGUGUCAUCCCGUUAUAUGGCUCAAUUAUUGGACAGCCACCCUGACCACCCCUUCACCAAGGAGUACAAUGCAAAGGCCAACGAAUUCAAGCGUCUCGCAGCGCAGUACCAGCCCUCCGUUGCAAGUUAAACCUUAUAUAGUCGUGACAGAGUCGAUUGUCGCAAGUAUUGUUAUUAAUGAAUAUAUAUAUUUAGCCUA